CCCAGCAUUCUUGUCUCCAAAUUUGAGACACUUUCAGUGGCAAUUCUCUACUGUAGCAUAACAUUAAAAAUUUCCUCGUUUCAUAUAACCCUCGUACGAGGCGAACAGUUGAAAAUUGGCGUAAACGCAGAUUACAUUGAGUAGCUUCGCGCGCAGGGAUACACUAAAUGACGUCACACGCAUUCUGUGACGCAAGAGAUCGUUCCCACGCCUGCUGCAGGCUCGCUCAGCUCGCUCGGUUGCGUGCGCCUGUGGAGUGCCGAAAUCAGCUGAAAGCACGUUGCAAUGGUGGCACGUAGUCUUGGUAGCCGCAACCGUCCCCGUUCCUGAGGGCCCUCUUCCUGUCACAUUCCCGUAUGCGAUGAACGUUGAUCUGUAGCCUGCCAAUUUCGGAGCCGCGAAAAUAUGGGCGACCUCAAUAGACAGCUGCGAGAUUACCUUAAUCGCAAUGAGGCGAGAAAAGAGAGCUCAAUAUUCGCGAGCACCGAAUCUCUCAAAAAGUUGCUCAGCCCCAGCAGCAAUAGCUCCGAGCCAUCCAGUAACGGCGCCGGCACCAACAGCUGGUUUUCUGAGGCCGCGAACGACUCCUGUUUACCUAGCCUGACUAGAAAACAGCGCAUUGUCGGCUUCGCUGGAACGCUUCUGAUGGGCUGCUUUUGUAUGGUUUUGGCAGGACUUUAUAUUCCUGUGCUAGUCUUCAAGGCCCGGAAGUUCGCCUUGCUUUACACGCUAGGAAGCCUUUUUAUAAUAAGCAGCUUUGCCCUGCUACGAGGCCCAAUGAACCACGUAAAGCAACUGUUGUCACUGAAGCAGCUUCCAUUUACCACUGCCUACUUUGGGACCACGUUUGGCACCCUCUACUUUGCAUUGGUGGUCAAAAGCACGCCGCUCACUGUGCUCUUCACAAUAUGCCAGUGUGCCACCAUCAUCUGGUUUGUCCUUGCGUCGAUACCGGGAGGAGAGACCGGACUCAAGUUCUUUUCUCGUGUAUUCACUGGUGUGGUGACGCGAACUGCGAGCAAGACGUUACCCGUUUGACCGUGUUCCACAGACCUGGUGCAGCCUGCAUCCAGCAGACCCGUGAAAAUUGUAUCGUCACGUACCAAUCUUGUACAUAUGAUGCUUUAAGAUCGCUACCCAACCGUUGCUGGGUUAUGUCUACCAGUCACGUUACAAUUGUACAGAACGGCAAUGAAAUAAAAAAGUACCUUUUGGUAUUUUCC